GGCAGUGAUCAACAGUGAGUGAGCGAGAGAUAGAACUGCAGCAGACCUGGAUCAGAUAGCAGAGAUAGAGAGAAAGAGCGAGAGACAGAGAAAGAAGAGAGGGUGACUGUGUGGAUUGGACAAGGUUGGGGGAAACGUUGAUUUAAACAAGUGGACCCCUCCAGAGAGAGCGAGAGAGAGGGAGAGAGAGAGAUCCCCAAAGAUCAUUCAGACCGGAAUAUCAUGCUUCUUUUCCCAGAAAAUUGUUACCUAGAAAUGUUACCUUUGGGGGUUCUGGUCAUUUGCGAAGGGCUACUUUCCUUCCCAAUUUUCCCAUCUAUCUAUUUCUGAAAACGAGAGCACCUAUCGAGUGCGUCUUGCUGGAACAGGUGGUGUGUUGUGCAGCGGUACGGUCCCUGUCCUGUCACUGCGUUGUGUUGUGCAGACACUUUUCCUGAACGGAGAAAGAGACUAUUGACGACCAGGACCAAUCGAGAUGAAGAAGCUCAGCGGGUUUUUCCGGUUCUGCCUCACUCGAAUGGAGUGGUUCUACCCAUAAAGGAUCUGAAGAGAAUUAGCCAGAACCCAGCAGAGAACAUGCUACAGUUUGGCUAAAGAACCUUAGCGAGCAGAAGGGGAACUGGAAAACCUCUGUGGAAAUCUCUGUACCUCUGUUCUAGAACAGUUGGAGAAAGGGAACUUUAACCUGAACAAAUAGGGAUCAUCACAUCACAAGGUCAGGAAGGGUGUGUCUAGGACCCAUUUGGCCACUUGGACAGAGAUCUGUUUUGGCAUCAGGGGGGAACCGCCUGUGCCCAUUUCCUGUAAUACCCAGUGUUGUUUCCUGUGUCUUGCCUACCACUCUGACUGUUGAGUUGGAGCAGCGACUCUCUGGUGCCCCACUGGCUGAGCCUGGAUCGGUCAUGAGUGUGGUCGGGGCGCACCGCUACAGCAUUGUGUCCUCAGAGGAAGAAGGCCUGCGUCUCGGUACCAUGCCUUCCGUCACAAUGGGCAACGGCUUCGGUAACGGCAAGAUCCACACGACGCGCCGCAAGUGCCGCAGCCGCUUCGUGAACAAGAACGGCCAGUGCAAUGUGCACUUCUCGCACAUGGACGAGAAGUCGCAGCGCUACAUGUCGGACAUCUUCACCACGUGCGUGGACAUCCGCUGGCGCUGGAUGUUCCUGAUGUUCACAUUGGUGUUCGUGGUGUCCUGGCUGGCAUUCGGCCUGGCCUUCUGGGUCAUCGCUUUGCUUCAUGGAGAUAUGGACAACCCGGGUGGUGGAGACGAUAACUUCACCCCCUGCGUCCUACAGGUCAACAGCUUCGUGGCCGCCUUCCUGUUCUCCGUGGAGACACAGACCACCAUUGGUUAUGGCUUCCGCUGCGUGACGGAGGAGUGCCCCUCAGCCGUCUUCAUGGUGGUCUUCCAGUCCAUUUUCGGCUGCAUCAUCGACUCCUUCAUGAUCGGUGCCAUCUUAGCCAAGAUGGCGAGGCCUAAGAAGCGUGCAGAGACGCUGCUGUUCAGCAACAAUGCAGUGAUCGCCAUGCGGGAUGGGAAGCUGAGCCUUAUGUGGAGGGUGGGCAACCUGAGGAAGAGCCACAUGGUGGAGGCCCAUGUCCGGGCCCAGCUCAUCAAGCCCCGCAUCACAGAGGAGGGUGAGUACAUCCCCCUGGACCAGAUCGACAUCAACGUAGGGUAUGACACGGGCAUCGACCGCAUCUUCCUGGUCUCCCCGCUCACCAUUGUGCACGAGAUCGAUGAGGAGAGCCCCCUGUUCGGCAUCAGCAAGCUGGACCUGGAGUUGUCCGACUUUGAGAUAGUGGUGAUACUUGAAGGGAUGGUGGAAGCCACAGCCAUGACAGCGCAAGCUCGCAGCUCCUACCUGUCCUCAGAGAUUCUGUGGGGUCACCGCUUCGAGCCUGUCGUCUUCGAGGAGAAGAGCCAGUACAAAGUGGAUUACGCUCACUUCCACAAAACCUUUGAGGUGCCGUCCACCCCCCAGUGCAGUGCCAAGGACAUGGCGGAGAUGGAGGACGAGGACAAGAAUCCUACGCCCACAGCCAACUCUUUCUGCUAUGAGAAUGAGCUGGCUUUCAUCAGCCAGGACGAGGAAGAGGAUGAGGAGGGGCAGGAGGAUGGAGACAGGGUGCCAGAGCUGGAGAGACUGCAGGCCACCGUCAGCCUAGACCAGAGGUCAUAUCGUAGAGAAUCGGAGAUAUGACCUUUGACAUUUCAUAAUAGUUUUCUUGUAACUCAGUUCUAGCGGGUUGUUUUCCAUGUGAAUACAUGCAGAGCAAUGCAAGUGCCAUAUGAAACCCAUGACUUAUCGCAUCACGCUACAGCCAUGAGGAAGGAGGAAUUCACUCUAGAAACAGCCAUGCGUGGAGACAGCAGUGCUGCUUGCUCAUAGUAUGGAAUAACAGGAACAGUCAUCAAAAGACCCCUCUCUCUUUAAGAAAACUUUAAACCUUUUGGUCAUGAGAGGGUUUGAGGUAGGAGCUUUAUAUAAUGCAAUAUUCAUUGUCUAUUAGGAAAUAAUAUCUUAGCUAUAAAAAAAUAUAUAUUGAUUUCUUAGUUGAGUGUGUGAAGUAUUUUCAACAGAUCAAGAGGGUAUUUUGAGGGAUUCUUAUAACUGCCCUAUAUUGUAGUUUACAGAGUCAAAGACACAGAGUGUGAUGGAAAUAGAAACACUGGAUACCUACUGAUGUUUAGCUAAACAUUUUCUAUAUGCACACCUGCAGUUUUAAAGGUGCUUUCCAUAAAUAUUGCCUGCUGCUAAUUAGCUAUUUGAAAUAAAUAUGAAAUAUAAACUUAAAAUUGGAAGAAUACAGUGAUAAAAUGCAUAAGUGCAUAAAUUUGUGUUGUGUAUUUUGCAUUUCUAUACAAUUUGAAUCCCUUAGAAAGUGAACAAUUGAUAGCAUGAAAUUAGAUUUUUGUUAUAUUACUGGGAACCUGUAUAGAAAACAAUUAGUCGGCACAAUUCACUAUCAAGUGAACAAAACACUAUGUUUUGCUGUCUAAAUCACUCUCUAGCAAUUGCACUCCACCACUUUAUUUGUUUAACAGGGAAUCUGAUUGAUUUAGACAGCUCCAAUUAUUGCACACAGCUGAACGGCAGACCAGGCAGCAACAUUGAUAAAGCACAGUUACAGGUUGGCUCGUACCGAAAUCUAGCACAAAUAGAACAAAGCACUGCAUUAAGGGGCUACACUCGGCUACACUUGAAAAUCAAACAAAUUAACCCAUUAGCCACCGCACAGAAGCAAAAGAUUGGCUAACAAAAGAGCAGUAGCCUUAGCUGUAUAUUAGGCUACAUUUCAGCUGAUAAUACUAAAAUGGGAGUUGGCUGGGUGACUGAAGUUAAAGACCAGAUAAUAUAGAACUGUAGAAUUGACCUACUGACAGUCUUACCAAAAACCUUAAAAAUAAGUGACAAGUGGGAAUAAAAGAGGGACAAAGAAAGAAGAGGAGAGAUUAAAGUUGGUAGGUAAAGUCUGGUACGGUACUAAAAAUGGGUAUAUCAUUUGCACUGUUACAUCUCCUUCCAGUCAUCACAUUGGCUGAGGAGACAUCAAUCAAGACAUGGGUCAUGUUCAUUGGGUACCAAAAGGGAGAAAAAAACAUAUGCAAUAGUAAACAAAAAAAAUGGUUUACUAUUGCAUAUGUUUUUAAACGUUGUGUGCCCUAAUGAACACGGCCAUGAGGUUGCAUAAAGAGGAGAUACCAUUGGACAUCCCUAAACAGACCCAAAGGAGGAAAUAGUGAGAAAUAGAAUAAUGGAGAGAGACAAAAGAGGAUUACAUUAGCGACCUGUUCUCCCACAAGGGCUCUUUUCAGACAGGCAGUAUUUGGAGAAAUGAACAUGUCUAAUUACAGUACGGGGGAAUAUGUAACAUCAUUUAAAUAAAUUAAAUGUGUUGUAGAAAUAGAUUACUGCCUGCAAAACUUGUCACCACGAAUUAGAAAAACUCUGGGUGGGAAAUAGUGCCAAAUGGUACCUAUUCCCUAUAUAGUGCACUACUUUUGACCAGGACCCAUAGUACUUAUUCCCUACAUAGUGCACUACUUUUGACCAGAGCCCUAUAGGUGUGUAGGGAAUAGGAUGCCAUUUGUGACACAGACCUAGCUCUUUCUGCGUUUCAUAUCUGAACUAUGCACCUUAGAUACAGUUUUGAGAAAAGAAGAGUGAAAACUAAUAACAACACGAAAACAAUACUAUAGAGUAAAGACACAGGUCAUUAAUUUAGGUUCAACACAACAGUAAGUGUACACCUGACAGAUUUGGACAUAUGUCAGCAAUAUGGUAGCAGACCAGACCCUCUAUUAGGUUAGGUUAAUACUGUUUUACUUACACCAAUUUAUGCUACUCCAGUUUUGAACGGGAAUCAAUCCCCCCCUCCCCCCCCCUUAAAAGACCUAGAUGCACUAUUGUAAAGUGGCUGUUCCACUGGAUGUCAUAAGGUGAAAGCACCAAUUUGUAAGUCGCUCUGGAUAAGAGCGUCUGCUAAAUGACUUAAAUGUUAAAUGUAAAUGUAAAGAAGUGUACGGUGGUAGGGACUAGUACUACAGUGGUUUAUGUUACUUUAAAACUGGGUUGUACAGUCCUGCUAUCCAGAACUUGCCUUGUCUAUCAAGGUCCAUUCAGAUUAUUCAGCAUUAUUCUCAAGGUGAAGCUUGCUGUCGGCUUUUGUGGGCGUGUAUCAGAACAUCUCAUGCUGCAUCCAAUCCAAUCAACUGACUCUUAUUACUCAAACCCUUGGCGAUAGACAGAAGACAGGCCCAGAAUAGACCUCCUGAUGCUUCUUUUCUUUCAACACUUUCAAGCAACACAAAACUUUGGCUUCAAGCCCUAACUACCCGUCGGGACUCUUCUUCCCAAAUGAAACCUAAACCAAAGUUGUGUACUGUAGUCAGAGCCAGAUAAAGCUGGUUUUAGUGCAUGAGCUUGAGCAACACUCGUCCAUGUACUGUAUGUGUCAGGUUGCGAUAUCCAAAAUGGCACUCUAUUCCUUAUAUAGUGUACUAUGGUGCUCUUGCUCUGGUAGAGCAAAGUAAAAUAGAGUACUACAGUACAUAGGGAAUAAGGCGCCAUUAAGGACGCACCCUCAGUCCUCCCUACAAACCCAACAGAGCCCCAGGACACUGUAUGGAGGAUCCACAGACCGGUCAAACAGAUUACUGUUUUCUAGUAUAUUUUUGUAGAGUACCAGAAUUCCUUGUCUCUCCUACUGCACAAAGUAACUCACUAUAUAGCCCUAUAUGACCUAUAAUAGUUUUUGUGGCAAUCUUUCAUAGACUAGACAUUAGGGACAUAGAAAUGUAUUGUAUAGAAUGGCCAUCCCUUUUUGAAAAGCAAUGUUGGAUGGAUGCCAGUCAGAUGGCUAAUGAACUUGGAGGAGUAGUGGUUUGACAAAAUAUUCAAGUAAUUGUUGAUUUUUUUUGUUUUUUGUUUUGUUUCAGAACUUUGUGUAAUUCACACACUAUCUGAUCUGUUAAAUUGUGCGGCUAUAUCGUUUUGUUCAUAAUAAUUCAUGUGGAAUGGAGAGAACAUUAUCAAUACUUUGUCAUUCUAAACUAGCUCCUACAGUCUCACGUCAGAAUUAGACCAUUCAUCCAUGUCUCUCAAACGUCCAAUUUCUAAGUUCUUCCAAACGUCAAAUUGUGUACUUAGACAUUUUGCGGAGUUAAAAUCUCAAAAACAACUUUCUUUCACUGAAUUUGAACAUGCAACCUUUGACAGCAGAGACAGAUGCCUAUGCCUAUGCCUACCCACCAUACAUGUCUAAGCAAAACCAAAACUUACUUGAAGGUAACAGCGCUCCCUGUUGCACCUAGUGGCCAGUUUUCACGUCAUAUCAGAUAUUGAUAUAUGUCUACUGACUGGUGUCACGGGUGAACUGGCUGGUAAUUCUACAGCAUCACAUUAUUUUGCUUUCUGGGAAGGUUAAUGAAACACAUGGCAAGGAAGAUCGGUUGCGUCCAAAUGGCACGAUAUUUCUUUAAUAAAGCACAACUUUGGGCCCUGGUCAAAAGUAGUGCACUUUGAAAGGAAACGUGCCGCUACUACUGUACAAGGUGUCGUCUCUGUAACAAUGAUGGCAAUGGGCGAUCAUAGAGAUGCAAAACCAUUAUCAACAUCUGCUUUAUCCACAGUACCAUAGGGUAGUGGAUGACCAUUGAUAUUUAAUGUAACAAAUUAACACUUUUGACACCAAAUUCCCUAUAUAGUGCACUACCUAUGCCCUGGUCAAAAGUAUUUCACUAUGUAAGGAAUAGGGUGCCAUUUGGGACUUAGACUUAGUUGUCCAUGACUCUUAAUAAUACUCCCAUAUGGGUCCGUAGAUAGACAGACUGUCCUAUGUGCAGUGGAAACUUACUUGCUCACUAUUUUCAUAAAUCAACACUAUUCUAUUUUUAUAUCAAUCUUGAUGAGCUGUUUUUUUUCUUAAUAUCUCUGAAUAUGCUUGGAGGAUGAGGAAAGGGGUUGAAUUAGCUUGAUACUUGAGCACAAACUGAAACUGCAAACCUGGGGAUGAGGAGAGGGAAUUGGGGGGAAGAUACAAACUGAAACUGCAUUCAAACUGAGCUUUUAGCACAUCAUAACUACUGAUCUAUAAUCUUAAAUCUAGAAUUAACAUACCAAUAACAUAAGCCAUCAGAUGAUACCAACCAGAGAGUUGUGGAGAUAUAAGAGAUGUCCGAGCUGCUCACUAAGUCUCUGAUUAAAACUAAUUGCUAUUUAUCUUCAGAAAGGAGAAGGGAUUCUGUAACUGACUCGACUGGAUGGACUGGUUGAACUUUGACCUCUAUCGGACGUCUUCCACUGUCUGAACGAGCCCGAGAUGCUGAUUUACACUGACUGGGUUGUUGUUGAUACAUUUUUCUCCUACCUUUUGGUUUAUUUCAAUGAACAAUGAACGACUGAAAACGUUAAUAAAUCAUAAAAAAAAGAUAUAUAAUUACAAAAUGUAA